AUGACUGCUAUCUUCCUGAUGUCCAUGCUCUUUGGUCUUGCAUGUGGGCAAGCAAUGACUUUUUGUAUUCCAACGGAGUAUACAAUGCAUAUCGAUAGGAGAGAGUGUGCUUAUUGCCUAACCAUCAACACCACCAUCUGUGCUGGAUAUUGUAUGACACGGGAUAUAAAUGGCAAGCUGUUUCUCCCCAAAUAUGCCCUUUCCCAGGAUGUUUGUACAUACAGAGACUUCAUCUACAGGACUGUAGAAAUACCAGGAUGCCCACACCAUGUUACUCCCUAUUUCUCCUACCCUGUAGCUGUAAGCUGCAAAUGCGGGAAGUGUAACACUGACUAUAGUGACUGUGUACAUGAGGCCAUCAAGACAAACUACUGCACCAAACCUCAGAAGUCCUAUCUCCUGGGAUUUUCUGUCUAG